AUGAGUGGACGUGGAAAAUCUGGAAAAGCCCGCGCUAAGGCUAAGACUCGCUCGUCCCGUGCUGGUCUUCAGUUCCCUGUCGGCAGAGUUCACAGGCUCCUGAGGAAGGGCUACUAUGCCGAGCGCAUCGGUGCCGGAGCUCCGGUCUACCUGGCCGCUGUGCUCGAGUAUCUGACCGCUGAGAUCCUGGAGUUGGCCGGAAACGCCGCCCGUGACAACAAGAAGACCAGGAUCAUCCCCCGCCACCUGCAGCUGGCUGUCCGCAACGACGAGGAGCUCAACAAGCUGCUGGGCAGAGUCACCAUCGCGCAGGGCGGAGUGCUGCCCAACAUCCAGGCGGUUCUGCUGCCCAAGAAGUCUGAGAAGCCCAGCAAGGCAAAAACAAACACUCCUACGAUGUCAGGACGCGGGAAGGGAGCAGGAAAAGUGAAGGCUAAGGCGAAGUCUCGUUCUUCUCGGGCCGGACUCCAGUUUCCAGUUGGUCGUGUCCACAGGCUUCUGCGAAAAGGCAACUAUGCUCAGCGUAUUGGCGCUGGAGCUCCCGUCUACCUGGCGGCUGUGCUCGAGUAUCUGACCGCUGAGAUCCUGGAGUUGGCUGGAAACGCCGCCCGCGACAACAAGAAGACCAGGAUCAUCCCCCGCCACCUGCAGCUGGCUGUCCGCAACGACGAGGAGCUCAACAAGCUGCUCGGCGGAGUGACCAUCGCUCAGGGUGGUGUGCUGCCCAACAUCCAGGCGGUUCUGCUGCCCAAGAAGACCGAGAAGGCGCCAAAGGCCAAGUAAAGGCUCCAACAACACAACGGCUCUUUUCAGAGCCACCCACUUAAAACUAGAGAGAAGUUCAUGAAACAGUCACAUUGUUUAUUGUAUUUAUUAAAAGAAGUUUUAAAUUAUCGAUCAGAACAGACUCACCCACUUCUUCUAAAGAGAAGCAUGUAUUCCAUUUAGUUAAGCAGCUCACAUAACGAUGUUCCCGUGAGUAUUGAUAUCUUUGUUGCUGCUGUUUGAUCAAGAAAGAACUCUGGGUGGUCAGAAUCUGUCAAACGUUCAGGCCAAAAACAAAUCCUGCAAAGCAAGUGACAGGUGACUGCCACUCAGACCACAUUCUUUAACCUCUUUUUUUUUUC